UUCACUUUUUUUACCUUCGAGGGCUUUUUAGAAAGCGAGACAGAGAGAGAGAGCGCAGCCGUCUUCGAUUUUUUUGUGCCAUUUGAGAAGAUCGCAUGUGUGACCUCGAUAGACCUUCCUUUUUCCUUAUAUCUCCUUACCUCUUCUCCGGCGUGCUCUUGCUCCCUUUCGAUCUACCUCACCGCCUCGUCUCUCUCAGCAAACGACGUGCUCCUGCGACUGAGUCAGACACGAGUAGAUUCGAGACGACGAGAGCUGCUUCUCUGGGAAGAGUCUAUAGGCCGACGAUAGGAGUGACAGCCAACAGCAAGCGCUAGCUGAGCUGCGCGUGUGCUUUCAAGGGGGUCCCUAUCGUCUCAGCACGGACACACGUCACCAUGGCGGCGGCGUGGCAACCGCAAGAGGCGGGCGUCGCCGAGCUUGUCCAGCUCUUCAAGGACUCGCAGACGCCCGGCAAGGAGACACAGAUGCGUAUUGCCGAGCGGCUCGAGGCGAUGAGCAAAGCGCCCGAAUACCCAAACUACCUCGUCUUCAUCCUCACGCAACUCCCCAACGAGGAUUCGAGUGUGCGGUCCAUCGCCGGCCUCAUCCUCAAGAACUUUCUUCACCAGAGCAAUGAGACCAUUGCACCGGCCUCGAUGGAGUACGUCAAGGUGGCCAUCCUCCCAGCGCUGGGAUACUCGGACCAGAUGCUCAGAAGGGCGACGACGCAGGUCGUGGCCAUGAUCAUGGGCAUUGUUGGGCCAGAGAACUGGGUUGAUGGCCUGCAGAAGCUGAUGGAGCUCAUGGCGUCGAGCAACCUCGACGAGGCAGAGGGAGCCUUCAGUGCCUUUGCCAAGAUCUGCGAAGACUUCACGCGCAAGAUGGAAGAGUGCGAGAUCAACGGGACAAAACCUCUCGAUAUCCUCGUACCCAAGUUCCUCGAGGCCACCCAACACCCCGACGUUCGAAUUCGGAUCCACGCACUCAAUUGUCUCAACCAGUUUGUGUCGAGCGGUCCGUCUGCGCUACAGGAUCACAUCGACACUUUCAUCUCGGCCCUCUUCAAGCGAGCGGCAGACGAGAACCCUUAUGUGCGGAGAUUCGUCUGUCAAGCUCUCGUCCUCAUCCUCGGAUAUCGUCCCGAGAAGCUUGUCUCCGAGAUGCCCAACGUCGUCGAUUACAUGCUCUACUCGACACAGGACAAGAAUGACGAGGUAGCUCUUGAAGCCUGCGAAUUCUGGCUCCAGUUUGCCGAGCUGCCCGACCUCGCCGAUCAGCUCCGCCCUUAUUUGCCUAGAGUCGCCCCUGUGCUUCUCAAGGGCAUGGUCUACAACGAGAUUGACCUCCUUAUGCUCGGCGGAGACGAGGACGAUGCGGCGGUUCCAGACAAGGCUGAGGACAUCAAGCCGCAGCACUACGGGGGAAAGUCACAUCGAAAUGAGCGAGUCGAGGACGCUGCGACAAAUGGGGGAGGAAGCGCAGGGCCGUCAAAGCAAUCUAGAGGUGGUAUCGAAGCCGCAACACAAGGUGAUGAUGACGAUGACGACGACGAUGAGGAGGAUUACGACAGCGAUGAAGACGACGAUGAUGAUGGCGUGGCCGACUGGAACCUGCGGAAAUGCUCGGCGGCCGCGCUCGACGUCAUGGCAGUGCAGUUCGAGCAGGAUAUCCUCGAGAUUCUUUUGCCGUUGCUCAAGGAGAGACUCUUCAGCCAGGACUGGCUUCAGCGGGAGGCUGGCAUUCUCGCUUUAGGGGCCAUAGCUGAAGGCUGCAUCGCUGGCGUGGAACCCCAUCUCCCCACCCUUAUCCCCUUGCUCGUCAGCACGCUCAACGAUCCGAAACCUCUGGUGCGCUCCAUCGCCUGCUGGACCUUGGGUCGCUACUCGAGCUGGUGCGUCGCCGACAAGUCACCCGAGCACCAGCGGCAGUUCUUCCUCCCAGCCAUGGAGGGUCUUCUCCGAAUGGUCCUCGACAACAACAAGCGUGUUCAAGAGGCCGGUUGCAGCGCGUUUGCGACGCUCGAAGAAGAGGCAGGGCCGGACCUGGCACCCUACCUCGAGCCUGUCCUCAAGACCCUCGUCUUUGCCUUUGAAAAGUACCAGCAAAAGAACCUCAUGAUCCUCUACGAUGCCAUCGGCACCUUGGCCGACUCGGUCGGUUCGGCCUUGAACAGACAAGAGUACGUCGAAAUUCUCAUGCCACCUCUCAUCACCAAGUGGCAGGGCCUCGACGAUUCGGACGCCGACCUGAUCCCCCUGCUCGAAUGUCUUUCGUCGGUGACGAUUGCCGUCGGUCCCGGCUUUUACCCAUAUUCGCCCCCCGUCUUCCAGCGGUGUAUUGGUAUCGUCCACAACACACUCGUGGCUUUCCAGCAGGAGAUCCAACGACCGGUCGAGGAGCAGGAGCUCCCUGAGCGGACCUUCAUCAUUGUCUCACUAGAUCUUUUGAGUGGCUUGACGCAGGGCCUCGGUUCGGGCGUGCGAGAGCUGGUGGCACAGAGCAAUCCCUCACUAUUGCCUUUGCUAGGCAUGUGCAUCACACAUCCCGAUCAUCCGGUGCGGCAAUCGGCAUACGCGCUGCUCGGCGAUCUGGCGAUUUCGGCAUUUGACUUGCUCCGACCGACGCUGCCACAAAUCAUGCCCGAGCUAGUGGCACAGAUUGAGCCGGAGCCGAAGAUGGACACGGUGAGCGUGUGCAACAAUGCGGCCUGGUCGGCGGGCGAGAUUGCGCUGCAGUAUGGCGAAGCACAGCAAGGGGCCGAGCUCCAACAAUGGGUUGCACCCCUGAUUCAGCGGUUGAUCCCUGUUCUCUUGAACCCAAAGUCGCACAAAUCGCUCAGCGAGAACGCGGCCGUAACCAUCGGGCGGCUCGGCCUCGUCUGCCCGCAGCUCGUGGCCCCUCACCUGGAAGUGUUCAUCGAGAGCUGGUGCCAGGCGCUGUGGGACAUCAAGGACAAUGACGAAAAGGACAGCGCGUUCAAGGGGCUGUGCGAAAUGAUCCAGCUCAAUCCAAAUGGCGCGGCAAAGGGCUUUGUCUACUUUUGCAACGCCGUCGUGAGAUGGACGACGCCGAGUCAGCAGCUCAACGACAUGUUUAUCAAGAUCCUGACGGGCUUCAGAGAUAUGAGCGGAGAGAACUGGGAGGUGCAAAAACGCCAAUUCCCGCCCGUCAUUGUCCAGCGGCUUCACGAUCGAUAUGGGCUUUGAUAUCUCUCUCCCUCACCAUACGCCUUACUCUCUCCUCUCUUUUUGUUUCCCAAAGCGAGUCACUCAAACGGAGGAAUACAGUGAUUGAGCCCAGACAAGACUCGGUUGGCACUGCCGCCGUGCGCAGAAGCUAAGCUGCCAAGAUGAACGC